GAUCAUUGGCAGGUCCGGAAGCAGGGCUGCAGGACCUCUCAGACAGGUUAUGUCACCAGCAGAGGUGGCGCCGAAGUUCCCUGCAGCCUGGAGACUAUGUACAAGAGGAAUGGUCUGAUGGCUAGCGUGUUGGUCACCUCUGCCACUCCACAGGGCAGCAGCAGCUCAGACUCACUGGAGGGCCAGAGCUGCGACUAUGCCAGCAAGAGCUACGAUGCUGUCGUCUUCGACGUUCUGAAAGUGACUCCCGAGGAGUUUGCCAGUCAGAUCACAUUGAUGGACAUCCCCGUGUUCAAAGCCAUCCAGCCAGAGGAGUUGGCCAGUUGUGGAUGGAGUAAAAAGGAGAAACACAGUCUUGCCCCCAACGUCGUGGCCUUUACCCGGAGGUUCAACCAGGUCAGUUUUUGGGUCGUACGAGAAAUUCUAACAGCACAGACUUUAAAAAUAAGGGCAGAAAUCCUGAGCCAUUUUGUGAAAAUAGCCAAGAAACUUCUAGAACUCAACAACCUUCAUUCUCUCAUGUCUGUGGUGUCAGCAUUACAAAGUGCUCCCAUCUUCAGGCUGACAAAAACCUGGGCUCUUUUGAAUCGAAAAGACAAGACUACUUUUGAGAAACUUGACUACCUGAUGUCCAAAGAAGACAACUACAAGCGAACCCGGGACUACAUCCGAAGUCUGAAGAUGGUGCCCAGCAUUCCCUAUCUAGGAAUCUACCUUCUGGACUUGAUCUACAUUGAUUCUGCAUACCCUGCCUCUGGCAGCAUCAUGGAAAACGAACAACGAUCCAACCAGAUGAACAACAUCCUCCGAAUCAUUGCCGAUUUACAAGUUUCCUGUAGCUAUGAUCAUCUCACUACUCUGCCACAUGUGCAGAAGUACCUGAAGUCUGUGCGCUACAUAGAGGAGCUCCAGAAGUUUGUAGAAGAUGAUAAUUACAAGUUGUCACUCAGAAUCGAACCAGGAAGCAGCUCUCCAAGACUAGUCUCGUCCAAGGAAGAUCUUGCAGGCCCCUCUGCUGGCUCCAGCUCAGCCAGGUUCCGCCGGAGGCCCACCUGUCCAGAUACAUCUGUGGCCGGCAGCCUCCCCACACCGCCAGUCCCCAGACACAGGAAGAGCCACAGCCUGGGCAACAAUCUGAUGUGUCAGUUGAGUGUAGUUGAAAGUAAGAGUGCGACAUUCCCAUCGGAGAAGGCCAGGCACCUGCUGGACGACAGUGUCCUAGAGUCCCGCAGCCCCCGCAGGGGCCUCACCCACACUUCCUCCACCGCCAUCACCAACGGACUCUCCCUAGGCAGUAGUGAGAGCUCAGAGUUUAGUGAAGAAAUGUCUGCAGGGCUGGAAAGCAGGGGACGUCUUUAUGCCACGCUGGGACCUAACUGGCGGGUUCCAGUUCGGAAUUCUCCCAGAACUCGGAGCUGUGUCUACAGCCCCACGAGCCCUUGCACCUGUACUGUGGGAAGCUCAGCCACUGUGCCCACUAUGGAGGGGCCUCUGAGACGGAAAACCCUGCUCAAGGAAGGCCGGAAGCCUGCACUGUCCUCAUGGACCAGGUACUGGGUUGUACUCUCAGGAGCCACCCUCCUUUACUAUGGAGCCAAGUCUUUGCGGGGUACAGACAGAAAACAUUAUAAAUCUACACCUGGCAAGAAGGUCUCCAUCGUAGGCUGGAUGGUGCAGCUGCCAGAUGACCCCGAGCACCCAGAUAUCUUCCAGCUGAAUAACCCUGACAAAGGCAAUGUUUACAAGUUCCAGACGGGCUCCCGUUUCCAUGCGAUACUGUGGCACAAGCAUUUGGAUGAUGCAUGUAAAAGCAGCAGGCCUCAGGUGCCUGCAAACCUUAUGUCCUUUGAAUGAGUAUCUGCAGGACUUGGCGAGACUACAAAGGCUUCUGAGAGCCUAGACUGGUUCUAUGGAGGAGAGCAGCUCUGGGCAUAAGCUGUGGGCCAAGGCACUGGAGCCUCAUCGCUGGACUCGAGGAAUAUGGCCAUGGCCUCACAGUCCUGGAUGGCUCCCCAGUGUGAGAUCCACCUGUCAACCCACAGCAACUCUCAUGAAUCAUUCUGCAGCAGCACCCCAUUGGGUGGCUGUCAGACCCCAAACUGCGCACCCUAUGCCCCCUCUCUGGGCCAUCGUCUGUCCACCAGCUGCUUUUGCAUCAGGGGAGCAUUUGACCCAUGUUGGGUUCUCCAUGCUUUCUGCUGCACACAGAGUGGAUGGCGUUAAUCUUCGAGAGGGCUGGAGAGCAGAGACGGGCUGCUGGACAGGCUUGUUACACCCCAAGUGCACCGGCCACUCACCCACAGGGCCGCCUCAGAUUUUGUAUACCCCUAAAGCAUCCUGUGUGUGUGCGCGCGCGGUACAUGUGUGUGUGAGCGAGUGAGUAUGAACUCUCUGAGAAACAUACAUUUUGGCACAAGACUUGUGACAUCACACACUUAUUGGCUUUGAGUCCCUGCUUGAAGCUUUAGUUACAGCCUUGUCCUCUAAGAAAAGUCUGAAGGGAGUCCAGAAGCUCCGUGUUAAGGGUCCCUUGAGUUCUUUUACUGUAAACAAACAAUGCCUUAAAUCGUGUCUUGUUUUCUGUUCCUAUGGGUGCUAUUCAUCUGGAUGGCCUGUUCCCUGGGCCCCAGGCCCUCCUGGGUCUUGUUGUUAGCCCGUCUGAGGCAGAAUCCAUUUCAGGACCGUGUACUGGGCACUGGCCUGCUUGCUCCCCACCACAGGCUUUCCUGGUGGUCCUAUGGGCCCUCCUUAUCUCGCCCACUCCUGCUAUGCUGGUGUGGGAAGCUGGGACCUUUUCUCCCAGCAGCUUGGAGGCCCCCACAGUGAUCGGUGGUCAGAAGCUGUGCCACUCCGCAUUCUCCCAUGGGGCAGAAUUACGCUCCUUUCCUCACCCUUGCCACCACUGCCAGGGCUGGCCACACUGAUUCCUGAUCACACAGGGAGCUGAGUGACAAGGAGGCCUAAGCCCCCUCAGUCUUGCCCCUAAAUGUAGUCACCAGCAAGUUCUCAUCCAAGUCCAAGGGCCCAGUUCUUGAUGACCAGGUGACAAGAGAGCCAAACCCUAGGGAGUGAGAUGUCCAGCCUCUGCAUUCAUGAACAAGGACUUAUCUGUCACCUGUUGUCAUAAGGUGAUUUUUACUUUGCACAUUUUAAUUCAAGUGUAUUGCCCUUUGUCAUCACUGAUGGAUGCUCUCUGUCCCUCUUCCUCUUCCUCCUUGAAUCUGGGUACCCUAACCCUGAGAAGAAAACCCUCAGUUUUCUGGAAAAGGCUGAAUUUCUGGGUCCCUGUGGGUAUCAUGGUUUUACACAGUAACCCAAUCAUGAAACCAUCCCAACAAUAAUGGAGAAGCUGCAGACAACACCAUAACCAUGAACUUACCACCAGAAAGCACUGCAUUACAAACAAAUGGUGACAUGUCUCUAAAACAUGGAUGACUUGAUGGGGGGAUUAGUUUUCGUCAUGGCCGUACAUUUUAGUCAAGCUUUGUUGUACUCUGAAGCUAGCCUUCCUGUGGGCAGAGCCUGGAUAUUUUCAUGCCAAGAGAAACUCCACAUGGUAAAGUUGAUGCCAUCAAGCCUUGACCACAGCUGCCUUGCACAUCCACCCCCACCAGUGGUCCAGCUGUGUGCACUAGCUGUGUGCACUGGAUUCUAUCAACAUUGCUCCAGUUAGAAUCCAGAAGAUGGACGACGGUGUCAGACACUUGAGGCACCUCCAAGCAUACUCAUUCGUGGUCCACUUUAAUCUAUUCCAACUCUGAGCCUGCCUGCCUGCCUGUUAACUCCUAGAAAGCCAGACCAUCAGCUGCUAGUCUCCUUUAGGUGUCUGCUUUGGGGCUCAUUGUUUGGGUUCUCACAUGUGCAGUGUCAAGACCUCAAAACCCCAGAACUUCAUCCCAGAACUUUCUGCCCUUUACAGAUUUGUCUUAUGAGGCUCAGUGUUUUCUUCCAGGCCUACGCUGAAAGAGCACAAUCUCAAUUAUUUUCAAAGUGUUUAAUCUUCCUAAAUGAAGCCAAACUCCCCUUCCAUAAGCAUCCUUACCAUGGACUCUUGAAGACAACUGCUUGGACUUUAUUAGUGAAAAGCCUUGUAGGACUCUUGUGAGCCUUGAAGGUAGUAGGAGAGCCCUGUAGAUGGAGUUAAAAGAUAUUUGGCUCUCCAAGCAGGGCCUUAGGCCAAGCAUACAAGCUCAGUGCUGAUAUCCUCGGCACAGCUCGUCACACAAGGCUGCAAGGGGAGGUGGCCAGGCUACAUGACAGAGUCAGUGGUCCUUUGGUGGACUCUUAGCCUGGAAGGAAGCUGUUCUGCACUUUUGCUCCACUGUCCGUAGUACACAAAUACUGUGAAACUGUUGGAGACAGACCAUGGCACCCCAAACUGAGAGCUAUAGAAUGCCGUUUAGAAACUGGGAUGGGCAGCUGGUAGAAUUAGGAAGUCCCAAGAAAAGCCUACUCACUCACAAUAAGAGUAAACCUCUGUCCCCUCUCCAGUGUACAAGUUUUGCAAUACAAGGUCAGCCAAGUGUCCGCUAGCAAGCAAGAUACCUUGUGGAGGCUGGACUUGGUGGGAAGUAUCAGAAACACUCCUACACAGCCAGUAGGAGAGUCCGGCCUUCCCCUGCCCUGGCCGAAUGCCAUGGGGCACUUGAUACUGAGCAGGUAGACACAUCCGUGGCUUGCCAACAGGCUCUCUGUAUUUCUCCUCCUUACCAAGAUGGCCAGUGUUUCUUCCAUCAGUUUACUCUUGCCUCUCAAGCCUAAGAAAGGUGUGGUGGUUUUUUGUUUGUUUUGUUGUUUAUUUUUUAAUAUCAAUUUUCAGAUGGAAAAUGAUCUGUAAAACUGGGAAGCCAUUUAUAAGCCAAGGCUGCUUUAAUCUGCACGUGGCAUCCAGAGCUUUGCAACCUCUAUUGAAUAUUGCCAAAAGCACAGCUUCUCUUCUGUGUGACCCUUAAACUGGCCCUGUGUCAUAUUGAUAUGUUGGGUGAUUUCAUGUUAUAAAACAAAACAAAAAUCCCACCCUGCACAAAGCCCUUUUGAAAGUGUAUUUAUUGCAUAAACAUUCAUAUCUCAAGUGAAUACUUCUUAUACCCCAGGCUCUACCCAGACUGAAAAAGGCUAGAAACAAGACAAAUGCAAUUUUGGCCCUUGUAGAACUUAACCAGUCAACGGCCAAGUUAUCACCUCCUCGCAAGCCACCUUGGCAAGACCCUGUCUCUCCUACUCCUCAACACAAUCGUGUGCAUUGGUUCUUCCAGGAAGACUUCACAUUGGAUGGGGAUGUUGGGAGAGUCCCGACACGGGAGGCUGGCUGGCUCUAAGCAGCCAGAUUCAGAUCUGUGUUCAAGGAUGGUUACAGGGAGGACGCCAAAGGCAGGAUGAGAGAGUAGGGUCUGAGUGCUUGCCAUAUGCACAGCCCCCGACCCCGUUUACUCUGUAACUUCAGUGUUAAUUCAUAUACAGUAUGAGUGGGAGCUGCGUGUCCCUGGGAGCCGAGGACUUGGACUUUGGUCCACCUUGUAAGCUGCUGCUGCACAAGUGUGUGUCCCAUGGACAGCCCCAAAUUGCCACUCACCGCAGCAAGGUGAUAGGUCAUCUGCCAUUUUGGAAGGACUUUGACCAUUCAGUAAUGAAAUAAUAGUAAUUCGUUUAUUAGUGAGGUAUACUCUUUAAUAAAUUUUGUGCCAAAAUGCAUGGUUUCCCACUUAGCAUUCAAAAUGUUGUAUGAAGAGUAGUUUUCACUUUCUUACAUGUUCUUCCAGGUAAACUGAAAAUGAGGUUUCACAUCUUACUUUGUUUCUUGUUCAAUCUGCUGCACCCCCUCAAGCUGUCUUUUUUCCCAGCAGACCCUGCAUGCAGUUGUGUGAGGACUUUUCUCUAACAUUUGUAAAUUGUCUCAUCUGCAAUAACCACUGAUAACAUCAUCCCUCCUUGGGAGUCUUUAGAUUUUUGGUGAAGUAUUUUGUUACCUCAGUCUUGUAUCAACUUGCUGUAUUUUUCAGCUUGUUACACUGAUAAUUGUUUCACUAAUUAAAUACUUUAAUGUACAGACAUCUUUGUUUACUUUGAAAUUAAAUGUGUUUUCCAAUGAA